AUGCGAUGUCUUUGGAAAGGAGCAUGCCUGAUCUUAGCUCUGCUGGCGCUCCGCACGCAUGAUCUUGCACACCAUGCGCAUGAUUUGGCGUUCUCGCUUUGCGGUGCAGCCGACCAUCGACGGUCUCCCCGUGUGAAGCUCGGAUGCAGCACCAGGAUCCGACCUGCGGAAGAUGGGGACAUGCCAUGGAUAGCCUUCACCAUUGCCAAAAUGAUCAUGAGCCCCUUCGGCCUAUCAGCUCCCAACUUCCUCGUCGCAGUGAAGGAGGCUUCACCAGAGGAUCGUGUAGGCUUCGCACAACUGCGGCCCUUGGAUUUGGAGGAUGAGUCCAGUCCCUUACUGCUGGCGUCUUUGUUCGUGAACGUCGAAGCUCGUGGCCAGGGCAUCGGAUCUGCCUUGGUGCGAGCCUUACUGGAGAGGCGGAAGACGGAGCAGAAGAGGCGAGUCUACGCCUUGACCUUGAAAAACAAGCUGGGCUUUUUCGAGCGGCUCCAAUUUCAAGAGGUCUCAGGCGAUGACUUGCCGGAGGACUUAAGCUUGGAGGUGUCCUUGGGGAGGCUCAUUGCCCCGCUGGCUGCUGGGGAGCCUUUGAUCGCGCUGUUGAAGCAUUUGGAACGACUAGAGGGGUUGGCCGAGGAGCUCCAUGCGCACCAGCCGUACUUGCGCGCGGCCAAGGAUGCCUUCAGUGCACCAAAGGCUGAGGACGCGAAGAUUUCGGGCCUGCCGAGCUCACCUCACUCUGUACGGCACCCGGCCGACGAGAAGGAGUCCCCAGUCGUCAUCCUCCAACCACGGAAAGACAGGUCUCUUUUUGGGUCGGGCCUGGGACGAGUUCCCAAAGAGUACAUGAUCAAGUUUCUGGAGUCAGCCAUCGAUUUUGUGGGCGCUGCCGCCACUGCUACAGGCAUGAGUGCAGAUGUGCCCACUCCGCCGGAGGAGGCGACCGCCAAGGCGACCGCCAAGGCGAUGGCAGCGGCGAAAAACGCCGAGAGGCUCGAUGGUGUCGCUGGUCGCAUUUCCUCCUGGCUGGAUGUGGAGGUCUCUGAUCUUGUGGUCUGGGACCCUGAUCCUGUGUGGGCCCUGAUCGGGUGCCCCAAACGGGCGCGCUUUGGCGUUGGGUUGGUCCGUUUGGUAUGA